AUGCCUCGUCGGGCUUUAACGAUCGCAUCGUCGGCUUCGUCGGCCUUGAUGGUUGAGGAUGAGGUCAUCCGAUGGCUGAGUGGUCAAAUAGAUGAAGCAAUUGGGUCUGUGCCAUUGUACGAAGACCCGGACUUCGUUGCCGAGGUCUCGAGUUUGUACUUCGACCCCAACAAACUUCCAGACUACGUCCCUCAGCACAGUCGCGAGUCUUCUGGUCACGUUUUCUGGUACCGACCAACGGAAUUUGCAGCGGAUCCCGACUACUUCAAGAGCUCUGCUGGAUGUGGCGAUCUCCGCGAAGGUUUGCUCAAUGAUGCGUGGCUUAUUGGCGUGUUUGCCGCUGUAGCUCUACAUCCGGACAACCUCAUCGAAAACCUCUUCGUGUCCGAGUCGCUACAAAAUUUCAAACAAUUCGGAGUCUUCACCUGUCGAUUCUUUAAAGACGACAACUGGCUUCCCGUGACAACAGACACUCGGAUCCCGUACUCGAUGGAACUCCAGUCAGAAGAUAAAGUUUCUAAUGGAGGUGGUUCAACCUUCUCUCCAGGGUCUGCUCUAUACGGUAGUAGUGUCAACAGGAAUGAAGUGUUUGUUCUGUUCCUUGAGAAAGCAUAUGCGAAGUUGCAUGGCAGCUACCAGAUUCUGGACGAGAAAUACGGUGGUGGGAUUGGAGGAAGUGCCGGUACGAGUAGUGGACGGAUCCUGGAGGCAUUUCUGGACUGUACGGGCGGAAGUGCACAUCGAGUAGAUCUGCAACAUGAGCGAGUCAAGCAACUUCAGUUCGACCAAGCCACAGCUGGGAAUCCUGCGUCAAGUCCGUCGAUGCUCCUGUGGAAGCAACUGUUACGUUACAAGAAAAAGAAGUGCAUCCUAACGACCCAGUUACGACAACUCUCAUUCAACGCGCAGGACGUAACUGCAAUGGGUAUCGUUAAGAACCGUCAGUAUGUCAUUCUACAUGUGACCGAAGUGGGGCUCCCAUCGGGACAAGGGGGUCCAAAUGCCUCUCGAGAAGAGGUGCUGCGCUUCGUGAAACUCAAAACUGUAUGGGGUCGAGGCAUGUGGAAAGGAGAAUGGGCCAAUGACGACAGCAAGUGGGAGGAACAUACGCAGGUGGAGCAGGCCAUGCACUCUGAUCCCCGUUGCGAGUUCUCGCGCUCAGGACACGACGGUUGCUUCUGGAUGGUGUGGGAGGAUCUGCUGGACACGUUCACAGAGCUUUUUGUAGUGCACGUUUUCCAGCCAGACGACCGUCAAUACAGUGUACGUGGCGACUGGGUGGGCACCACCGCUGCAGGGGCUCCUGAGACAUUAAUUGACAAAACUCGGUGGGGUUGGCUACACGACGCAGACCCGAAUUGGCACCGCAACCCGCAGUUUAAGCUCACGUCGGUGAACGGUGUAUUGCUAUCGCUCACACAGCGAGACUUUCGACUGUACGGUGGAGACAACUACGCGAUCAACUUCGUGUUGCUACGUGAGAAAUUGACACUUGCCACUGCAGCGUCGAACGAUCCCCCUCCUGCUAUCUGGGAGUUCAAACGCAGUCACGUCGUGGCCGAAGCGCACUCGUACGAAACCUCGUCGGCUAUCGACUGGUCGUCUGCAGCUCCAGCAACGCCAGCUACACCGUCGAUAUCUCAUCCCGCGACGCCGAUGGCAGGUGUCGUUUCCAAUGCUGCUGCUGGACUGGGAACUGCUAGCGGACAACCCAAGUCCCUUCCAGAGCGUGAGUUAGUCAAGGAAGGCGUCACAAUUUCCCCUGGAUCCGCGUAUUAUCUCAUCCCAUACACGACGAAUCCCAAGGUCGAGAUGGAGUUUUUCCUGCGUGUCGUGGCGCCCCAACCGGUGCGCGUAGAACGCGUUCCUCCUAUCAUGUCAGUGAUUCGUACAGGACGUUGGAGGGCUGACGAUGGAACUGCGAAUAGUGAUACCAACACUUCGAAUGGAGGUACCAGUAGUACCGGUGAAAUGGCCAAUGCUGGCGGCCCUUUGUUGACGUUGCCAUUGUCAGCGUCUCACGUAGUUGGCAAGGAGAACCCGGCGUGGUGUCAGAAUCCGCAGUUUUGGGUCCGGUUUGCAGAGAGAUCCCCGCGUGAACUACGUCGACUACGCAAGUUGUUAUCAACCAAAGCUCACGUGACAAUCAAAGUUGUACUUCGCAAGACUUCUCAUCGAGCUUCACUUGGCACCAAGAGCCGACAACAGCGUGAAGCGGCUAAGGAUCGAGCCAACCUGGUCGGAAUCACAGCCGUACGAGCAACACCCACAGCUUGUACCCCUUCUGUAGCUGUCGGAGGGUCGGGGAGCUCAGCAGCGUCACAACUGCGAGCUCAUGCCAAGGGACAAAAGACUAAUUUCCUCGGAGAAAUUGUCGACUCGCCUUUCACAAAGGCGGUGACAGUCAGUGACAACCUGAUUCAAGGGACCAAGCUUCGUAAUAACCAAAGAGAGAAGACGGUUGCCGAUGAAUUAGACGACGACCUGGAAGCUCCCGAACAAGCGGAGCCUGGAGCGGUCUCGGGUAAUAUCCCGACGCCCAAGCUGGUCGUCAAACCGACGGAGUGGUGUCGAUUGUCUUCGUAUGCCAGUCCAGCUUCAGCGUGUCUGUUCCUCCGGAAAGUUCCGAAAGAAUGGCUUCUUGCCUCCGACUCCCCAAGCUCCGUAAACUCCAGUGGUGGAGGUGGCCUACUACUCGUUCCGACACUCGGCGAGGCUGGAGCUGAGGGCUCAUUCGAACUGCAGGUUGACUGCGAUUUCCCUCUGCUCGUCGACGAGUUGCCUAAAGGUGCAGGUGCUAAUCCAAAGUUUUAUCUGCAGAUUCAAGGCGUCAGGCCAACGAAAGUUCGCAUCACACUCACACGCUCCGAGCGCGAGUGGAAGUCUCGCUGUCAGCGAGAUUCGGUCGGAACGAUGAUUGGGUUUUAUCUGCUCCGAGGUGGAUCUAGCAAGCUCGUGCGUCCUGCAGAGGAAGGAGGCGCCAACUCGAACCCCAUCGUGAUCAAUGGCCGACCAUGGAGCGAGACGGACUUUGUGCCUCUGCACGCGGUCAGUUCACCUCCUGACCUUGUUCUCUCUGCGGCAGCGAAAGGUGGAUUCGUCAUUGUUCCUACAACAUACGAGCCUGGGAGAUUGGGUAAGUUUGUGCUCUCAGUGCAGUGUGACACAGAGUUCACGCUCACUUGUGACGCUGAGUAG